UCGCUGCUGAAGGCAGAGCUGGUCCUGGACAGCCCAGUCACCUGGGGCUGGGCGUGUUUGCACGGCCUGACUCGCCUGCACGCCCAGACGGCUAGCCCCGGUCAUGCCCAGCAGAUGCCGCAUGGGCCCCGCGCCGGAGCCAGCCCUGUUGGGAGCGGCGCGUUAGCCUGCAGGGCUUGGCAGCUUUCGGGGGCCGCGCUCCCGGCCCCGGCCCCGGGCUGCCCCCGCAGUGGGUGGUGUCCGGCCGGCGCGCUGCUCCCCCCCGCAGGCGCAGCCUUCCGAGAGCCGGCGCGAACUGGAGUGAGCCGGGGCUAUGGAGCCCCCUUUCCCCGCGCUGCUCUGCCUGCUCGGCCUCCUCGCCACCGCCUCCGGAGCAGCCGAGCCUCAUUGCAAGGUGGAUUCCAGCCUGAGUUAAAGCAGAGCCCAGAUUCUAACUCAUACUCCCAGCCUGAAUGCCCUUCCUCUGCUUGGAUUCCAUUUAGAAGUAGCUGCUAUAUUUUUCUUCAAGGCACAUUCGAUGAAUUGGACAGUAUUGAUGAUGCCAGAAAUCUCUGUAAAGGCAAUGCUUCUGGAGCAGACAUUAUUAGUAUAAAAAAUAAAGAGGAGAAUACCUUUAUACAAGAAACAUUCAAAAAUCACUGGCAAGGCCCUGAUUAUAUUUCAUUGGGCAUGUUCUUUGACACAGAUGAUAAUGCUUUUAAAUGGUUUGACAAGUCGGAAAUGAAAUUUACCAAUUGGAUUGAAGAGGAGAGCAAUGAGGAACUCCUGAACACAUGUGCUUCUAUGUACACUAAGUCUGGGGAAUGGAGAAAAAUCAGUUGUGAAGAUCUUCCUCUGACAGGGACCCUUUGUAAAACAGCCUUUGCAUAUGAAAAGAAGUACUUACCAGAUAAAACUGCUUUGACUACCACCUUGGUCAUAAUUUUUACUAUAGUUGUGACAGUUUCUGCAGCAUUAUUUUGGUUCCUGUACAAAAGAAAUAUUUCUUCUGGAGUUUUAUGUAUAACACACCAUUCAACAGCUGAAAUGCCAUACAGUGAUGAAACUGUUCUAAUAGAUGAAGAAAAUGAGUAUACUGCUUAAAAUCAUUUAGAUCUUGCAAUCUACCUGAGCCAAUCAGAUGCGGUGUUUGAACAGAAGCAACAUUCUGAACAGUGAGCUGGUCCUCCAGGGUGCCUAGAAGGGUUGACACACAUAACAGUACCUUCCGGCUGCAUAGAGGGCAUUGGUCACUGGUGUAUCCUUAAUAUUGCCAUGUCUGGCUCUAAAUACAAAUCAAACAGCCAGAAACUCCAAGAGCUUAAAGAAAAGAAACUGAAGGAUGUCAAUCAGUGAUCUAAUUUUUCUAGUCAGACAAGGCCUCUCAACAGCCUGGUUCAAGCAAUGCACAAACUGGGAAACCGGAUGAAGAAAAACAGCAAUAUUGUGGUGAUUUCAAUAUAGAGUCUGUGGAAAUUGAAGGACAGCAGCCAGAUGAAUAGUGAUUCCAAUCUAAUGACUUCCAAAGGUAAUCAUGGUAAUAUUACCAUCAGACUCAAGUUUUCAACAAGCAGGAGAAAGUAGUGCUGCAUUUCUUACUGAUGUGUGUUGGGGUUCUCCCCCUCCACCCCCCCAUUUUUUUUUUUUUUUUUUUUUUUUUAUUUAAAGAUUCAGGAUUGUGGCUAAACACAUUAGAUUGUUAAUUGAAAAAAAAAAUUAUUUAGUGUACUGCAUUUCUUCAAAAUUCAGAAGCUCUGGAAGUCAAUACCAAAAGAUGUUGAUGGCCAUAGUUUUCCUGAUUUUUUUCUCAAAUGCAAGACUUCGUACAAGAAAAAAAAAAAAGAUUCUGCGAGACUAGUUCAAAUCUACUUUGGGGAAGGAACUUGAAUUGCCAUUACUUAUCUUACUUAAGGGGAUUUACAACAGAAAAAUAACUAAUCUUCAGUGAAGUGUACAUAGGCUUAAGAAUUUUUUGUGCACUGCCAGUGAUUGGCAGAAGCUGAAAAAAGUUUCAGCAAGCUAGCACUCAUCAAAAACUGUAGAUUAUCUACUGUGGCACAGGGAACACUUGCGUCAUGUUGUCAUUUUGUCUACGGUGUGUGAACUCAAGAAAAAAAUAAAUGUAGUAAGAUCAUUUGUGAUUUUGCAAUGAAAAAGGCCAAACUAAAGUUGUAAAGUGAUUAAGGCUUGUGAGUGCCCUUUUCAAAAUAAAAUAUAUUUUUCUCUUUCA